CCCUUGCUGCCCUGACCCCUUCAGCAGUUACCAAACUACAGUGGGGAAUAACCUAUUCCAAUUUAGUUGUGGAAUGACGUUAUUAUUUCUUUGUUGUAAGCGGAUUUAGUCACUUUUAGAACAGCUUUGUGAAAAUCUUGCACUAGAGCCAGUUGAAAAUAACACCAUGAAUAUCUAUCCAAAUGUAUUAACUCCACCAUCGAGCAAUGAGGACUCACCCGUAUAUCACAACAUGGACAAUAAUUCCAUGAAUUUCCAUGCCCCUGACAAUUAUGAUGCGCUGCCAGUUGCCACAUUUGACAUUCUUCCUCAAACACCAAUGAAGGUCGACUCCAGUAUGAUGGUCGACAAUCCCAACAAUCCAUCUCUCCAUUUUGUGGAGCAGCCAACUGAUAGAUUCCGUUUCCGAUACAAAUCAGAAAUGGCAGGCACUCACGGCAGUUUAACAGGCAUCAAAUCUGAUAAGUCCAGAAAACAAACUUAUCCCACAGUGGAGCUCCGAAAUUUCGUGGGGCCUGUCAUCAUAAGGUGUUCCAUUUACCAGCACAACGUUAAAGGUGAAGACUUCAUGCCACAUGCCCAUAGGUUAAUAAUGAAAAGGGGAAAAGAGGAGCAUGAUGAUCCACACGAUUUAAUUGUGGGGCCGGAAGAUGGUUGGCGGGCUACGUUCCACGGAAUGGGUAUAAUCCAUACGGCAAAGAAAAAUAUUGUGUCCGAACUGAUGCGGAAGAAAAAACAGUUAAAGAUGGAGUACAUCGCUAGGAUGGAGCAGAGACCUAGAGAACUAACCACAGCCGAGAAGCUCGAGAUUAAAGGAUUGGCGGAGGCAGAAAGCAAAUCUAUUAAUCUGAAUAUCGUUUGUUUGAGGUUCGAUGCCUUUGUAAAAAGGAACGAUAUAUUGUUCCCUAUUUGUGCACCUAUUUAUUCUUCCGGAAUAAACAAUCUGAAGAGUGCCCUCACAGGUGAGCUGCGGAUCGUGAGGCUAGACCACUGCACCAGUCCCGCCAAGGGUAAUAAAGAAAUCUUCAUCUUAGUGGAGAGGGUCACCAAAAAAAACAUCAAGGUUAGAUUCUUCGAGCAAGACGAAAAAGGCGACGAAAUAUGGUCGGAGUACGGAAAGUUCAACGAUAUGGACGUGCACCAUCAGUAUGCUAUAGUAUUCAAGACACCAAAGUACAAAGACGAGAACAUAAAGGACAAAGUAAAAGUAUUUAUAGAACUAGUGAGACCAUCCGAUAUGGCGAGAUCGGAGCCUCGCGAAUUCACCUACGUACCGUCCAGCAUCAAACCGGGUAGCAAGAGACCCAGGCACGACUUCAGUUCUUCGAGUUACGACAGCUCGUCGAGCUACAACAGCAACGAUCUGCCGUUGGACGUGAGCAACCUUAACAUCCAAAAUACAUUAAACGUAGUCACCCCGAAUCCUGUAAAUAAUAUCAAUUUUAACAACUUGGUAAACAACACCGUUAACAGUUGGGACACGAACAAGCUAUUGUCGAGCGAGGAGCUGAUGGUAGCGGUGAACAACAUCGAUUCAAACGAAUUGCAGAGGUUAUUUGCUCAAUUCGGACCCGAGUACGCGUCGUGCCUUAAUUCCGUGGUAGUAGAUGCGCCGGUUGCGGAGAGGAAGAUUGGGAAGGUUCGCGUCGCCUUGGCUCAGACAUUGAUGCCCAGAAGUGCCAUAAAGUUGGAGGUGUCCCAGGAAGACAAGCAAAUGGCGAACAGGGUAUAUGAGGAGUUGAAGAGUUUUGUGAAGAUCAAUCCGAAAACUCACAUCGCUAAAAAGAUGCUGCAUCAUUAUUUGGGCGCGGAUCAUAGAACCAACGCCCUUCACGUCUUUGUGAGCCAGAACAACCCCGAGGCCGCCGCCUUUUUCCUGAAAUUGCUCAUAAUGUACCAGGAGCUGCAGCUUAUCAACAGGAGGAAUAGUUAUUGCCAGACGCCCCUACAGUUGGCGGUGCUCUGUCACAACGCCCUGCUCGUCGAGUACCUGAUGAGGAGCACUGCUAGAGUGAAAGAGACGGGCGAUAGGGGCAACACGGCCUUGCACAAUGCUGUCGAGGAGAACGCUUCCGUUAAAAUACUGGAGACGCUGCUGCAGGACAGGGAGUACGAGAAGGUGUCGGAUUUCAUCGACGAAGUGAAUAACGAUGGCAAUACCGCCCUCAUGAUCGCCGUUGAAAACAAGAAUCUGUCCGCCGUGAAAAUGUUGUGUAUGAAAGGCGCGAACAUAAACCAGUACAGCGACAAGAAUGGUUUUACUGCGCUGCGCCUCGCCAUCGAAAAACAGCACCUCGACAUCUUGAAGUACAUCCUGAGCAUACCGCACUUGGACCCCAAAAUACUAGAUUUCAACGACACCUCUCCUUUAGCCGCCGCCUUCCACAGGAACUGCUCCAAGGAGAUCACGGAGGUGAUCGAGAAAUACAUGGCGGAUCAUAAUCUGGAAGUGGAUAUCAAGGAGGAAAUGGAAGAUGAUUCGGACGAAGAGAUGGAGGAGGAUUCCGACAUUAAAUCGGAGCCGCUCACACCUCAGGAACUGGAGGAACUUUAUAAGAACGUGCACAGCUUCACCCCCGCUUGUCUGGACGAGGUUUCAGCGUUAUUAAACGAGAGUGGGAAGUGGGAAGACCUUGCAGAGUUGCUGGACGUUACUUCGCUGUUGAGGUGCGGACUGAUUUCCCCGACGCCCAAUGUUAGCAAAAAUCUGCUCACUUUCGCAGUCGAGACGCAUAAUGAUACUCUUUGGGAAAUAAGGAAUUUCUUGGAAAACUUGGACGAACUCCAAGCGGUGGAAAAAAUAGAUCGGAUGGUGAGAGAACAGCAGUGAGUGGUUACAGAUAGUACAUAUAAAGUUAUUAGUUUUUUUUAACAUUUUGUAAAUAUUUUUUAUCGUUAAGUGUCUUAAAUAUUGUAAUAUGUAGUUUUAUU